CUUUCCAAGCCUUUGUUUCUCUCCUCUGUGACAGAGACAGUAACGCCCACACAGCAGGUGGUGUUGAGAUUCAGAAAUCACACAGCGGUGCCCAAGUCUCCUUCUGCUCCCAGGGGUACCAGUGGGCAGGGUUUCUGAGCAUGGAUCAAAUCAUCCCAGCUUUGGAGACAGAACUCCUGCCAACUGAUGGGAGAGAAAAGAAUCCUCCACUAGCCUAUGACGUGGUGACCCUGAUCUUGAACUUGCUAGACAAGGGCACAGGUUCAGAGUUUCUGAGCAUGGAGUCAACUCCCCCAGCCUGGAGCACUGAAUUCACAGCAGGGGAAACACAUUAUGAGACCUAUUCUGGACCUUGUGAAUUGGCCACUCGGAUCUUAGCUUGGCUGACCGCCCUCAUUGCCCCCGUGGGGCUGGUGGGAAACGGCAUUGUGCUCUGGCUGCUGGGCGUCCGCAUGCGCAGGAACGCCUUCUCCGUCUACAUCCUCAACCUGGCCGUGGCUGACUUCAUCUACCUCUGCUUCCUGAUGAUAGAAUCCAUGUAUAUACUCAUUAACUUAGUCUGGUAUCCCCUCAUCAUCUAUAUGAUCUUCAUCUAUGUGUUGGUUUUUUCCUACCUGGCAGGGCUGAGCAUGCUGAGCGCCAUCAGCACCGAGCGCUGCAUGUCCGUCCUGUGGCCCAUCUGGUACCGCUGCUGCCGCUCGAGAGACACGUCAACUGUUGUGUGUGGCCUGCUCUGGGCCAUGGCCCUGCUGGUGAGCACCGUGAAUCUCUUCUGUGGAUUUCUGUACGGGUUUGACCAUGAUGUGUGUCAGACAGCUCAAAUCACAGGAGCUACGUGGCUGACUGUUUUGUUUGUGGUUCUCUGUGGCUCCAGCCUGACCCUGCUCCUCAGAUUCCUAUGUGGUUCCCGGCCGAUGCGGAUGACCAGGCUGUAUGUGACCAUCCUGCUCACAGUGCUGGUCUUCCUCCUCUGUGCCCUGCCCUUGGGCAUUGCCUGGCUCUCAUGGAUUCAGGGUGAUUUUGAAGUAGAUUGUUAUUUACGUGCAGCUUCCCUGUUCCUGUCAUCUGUCAACAGCAGCGCCAACCCCAUCAUUUACUUCUUUGUGGGCUCCUUUAGGCAGCGGCGGCAGCAAGGGCGGCAGACCCUGCGGCAGGUUCUCCAGCGGGCUCUGCAGGACACCCCUGAGGUGGAUGAACCUGGGGGCAGCCUUCCUCAGGGAUCCCUGGAGCUGUCGGGAAGCAGAUAG